GGAAAUAAACAAUAAGCUCACAUGUAUAGUCAACAUGGCUGUAGACAGAGAAGUAUAAAAAUUUGUUCGUUGUAAACCAAGCUAAUUUAACAAAAAAUAUCUUCCACUUUAUAUUUUUAUCGUCUGUAAGUGUCAGUGUAAAAAACACCAUUUUCUUGCUCUGACGAAAAACACAGCUGUGGUGUCAAAAUGAGCAAUAUUUACAUUCAAGAGCCUCCAACAAAUGGAAAGGUCCUGUUGAAGACCUCAGCAGGUGAUAUUGACAUUGAGUUGUGGUCCAAGGAAGCUCCUAAAGCAUGCAGGAACUUUGUGCAACUGAGCAUGGAAGGUUACUAUGAUGGCACAAUAUUCCACAGAGUGGUGCAUGACUUCAUUAUUCAAGGUGGAGAUCCCACUGGAACAGGGACGGGUGGAGAGUCCAUCUAUGGCCGGACAUUCAAGGAUGAAUUUCACUCCAGAUUGCGCUUCAAUCGAAGAGGUUUGGUUGCCAUGGCGAAUGCUGGGCCACACGACAAUGGCAGUCAGUUUUUCUUCACCUUGGCACGUGCAGAUGAGCUAAACAAUAAACACACCAUAUUCGGCAAGGUCACAGGAGACACAGUUUAUAACAUGCUCAGAUUAGCAGAAGUUGAAUGUGACAAUGAUGAAAGACCUCUGAAUCCCCACAAAAUAAAAACAGCUGAGGUGCUUCAUUCUCCUUUUGAUGACAUAAUACCUCGUGAAACAAAGAGAGCCAAAAAGGAAAAAGACAAAGAGGAGGGAAAGAAAUCACAGUCAAAAGCUACAAAGAACUUCAGUCUGUUGUCGUUUGGAGAGGAAGCUGAGGAGGAAGAGGAGAUGGUGAAUCAAGUCAGCCAGACUUUCAAGGGAAAAAGCAAAAGCAGCCACGACCUUCUGAAAGAUGAUCCGAGGCUGAGCUCUGUCCCAGCAGUUAAUAAGAAGAAAAAGAAAGGGACACCUGGAGAUGCAGCCGAGGCGGACGAUGAUGAGGCCGAUGAUGAUGUUGAAGAUGAUGCGGAUGAAGAAUACGACUCGGAUGAGAGAGAGCGGAUGAGGGAGCUCGUCAGUCAAAAGCUGAAGAAAGAAAAGGGCGCAGAGAAAGCGACGGAGCCCAGUGAGGAAGAGCGAGGGAAGAAGAGCAGCCGCAGUGAUGAAUUACGGAAAGAGGCACGCCAGUUAAAGAAGGAGCUGCAGGCCAUAAAGCAAAGGAAAGAAGAAAGUUUAAAACCUGCAGUGGAUGAAGUCAAGGACGUGGAUAAAAAGCCAACCAACGAGGCGGUGGCUGAGUACCUGGAGGGAAGAAAGAAGUACGAAGAGCAAAGGAAACAAAAACUGAAGAAAGGCUCAAACAGAGAAGCGCAGACUCUGGCCCUUCUCAAUCAGUUCAAGUCCAAGCUGUCGUCCGCCAUCACUGAGGCUCCAGAGGACGACGUGGAGGAGCUGGCAGAAGACGACGACAAAGGAUGGAUGGGCCAUGUUCUGCAGUUUGAUGAGCAAACCAGAAAAGUCAAGGAUGCCAACAUGCAGGACGAGGACACGUUUGAGAUCUACGACCCGCGCAACCCUGUCAAUAAACGGAGGAGAGAGGAGAGCAAGAAGAUCAUGAAGGAGAAGAAGGCCAAAAGGUGAGGUCGCGAGGUCGGAGGUCAGGUCCCGCCCAAGCCACGUGAUUGAAGAACUGGUCAUACAGCAUCCUGCCUGUCCGCUUUUCCACCACUUCAAAAACCUCCAGCUUUUGUUGAACAGUCUCCUGGCUCGAACAUCUGGAUUGAGGAAACUGACCUGAGCGCAUACCAUCCCUGUAAUCUGUGAUGGAAAGGCUUCUUCCCUUGGAACAGCUGCACCCAGACAGCGCUCAGUUACUCAUCAGGAUUAAGACUGUGGUUGCUGUAAUGGUUAAGGUCGUGAUUUGAUUCUGUGUAAUGCUGUUAACGUUUUUAUGGCAGUUUAGCUUUUUGUUUUUGUUGUCUAGUGUUAAAUGUGAGCAUCAGACAGAAAAAUAAAUUACAUUUAUUAACAAGAUAUAAUGAUUUGACUCUGUUCUCUAUUUUUAUUUUAAAUAAUUGAACGCUGAGUGGCCACUUUAUUAGGUACACCUGUACAAUCUAAUGCAAUCCAGUGCAACAGCCAUAAUUUAACGAUCUUCACAAAGCUCGUAAUGUUCAGUUUUUGUGUAAAUGUUAAAAUUGAAUUAUAAGUUUAUUACUGAGGUUAUAGUUAAAGGGGAUGAUGUAGUGGAGAGGUGUUUCUAAUGUUCUGUCCUUCCCAUUGACAGUUAUGCCAGUUGCAGCCUUCUGAGCCAGAAGACCUGAGCUGUGUCCACUCACUCAUAUUCUACAUGUUUAACAAUAGUUUUCCCUGUAGUGAGCAGUAGAUUUAAAAGGUUUCUGACACUUAUGAAUAAUCAUUUUGCACCAUGAAUGACAGAAUUAUUUUAGUUUGUAAUAAACAAUGAAUAACUUACAAGUACGCAGCCCACAUGGACUUAUGAGACAGCAAAAAUACAGUUGCCAUGGUGAUACAUUUAUCAGACAAAAACAUGACUUCUUAUAUAAAACACUGGAAUGCAAACAAUAAACUUUGUCUCCUGCCUCAGACUUUUUUGUGGCAGAUGAGAUUAUUGAACUUAAAACAAAUCAUUAUAUAACGAGCAAUUAAAAAAAAUGAACUGGACUUGCCCACGUCAGAUGAGAAAAGACUUUCUUCAUCAGUGUCAAACACCUGUGAUUUCACAUCUGUGUGAAAGUGAAAGUGUCGCAUGUUGAUGGAUAAGACAUAUAUCAUAUAACCAACCCCUCCCUGCAUCCACUGUCUGUAUUUCUCUACUGUUACUAUCUACAUGAAGACAAUAUGCUAAAAAUAAACAACAACUUUGGACACUCAAAUAAAAUGGUGGAAAUGAAUUGCACAAGAUGUGUCUGCUGUAUUGACCUUUCCUACCUUUUAUAGCUCAGGUGCUCAUAAUAUUGGUUCUUUCGUUAACCUGGUGAGAAGCAGCG